AUGUCUGAGCCGCGGCUUCCGCAGGAGGCGCGCGAGGACAAGGCGCGUCGAGGCACUUGCACGAAGGGGACCUCGGUGGCCGCAGCAGCCACGCCGCUGAUUACCGUUUCACCGCGCCACGACGCCCUCGUCGUAGUGGACAUGCAGAACGACUUUGUGCGUCCUGACGGGCCGCUGUCGGUGCCGGGGGCGGCGGAGGUGGUCCCGGUGAUCAACCGCCUCUGCCGCGCCUACCGUUUCCGCGCCGUCGUCGUGACGAAGGACUGGCACCCGCCGGGCCACUGCUCCUUCCGCCGCCCCGCCGGGCCCGGGGGGCCAUGGCCGCCGCACUGCGUGCAGGCCACCGCCGGCGCCGCGCUGCACCCGCGGCUGCGGCUGGGGAACGUGGACCACGUCGUGCACAAGGGCUCCGACGCGGACGCCGAGUGCUACUCCGGCUUCAGCGACGAACACGGCAAGGCAACUGGCCUCGCCGCUCUGCUGCGGGAAAUGGACGUGCGCCGUGUGUUUAUCUGCGGCGUCGCCUUCGACUACUGCGUCUACUACACGGCGCUGGACGCCUUGAAAGAGAACUUUGAGGUCGUCGUUCUGCAGGACGCGACUCGGGCCGUCUUUCCGCACAACGUGGCAGAGCGGAGCCUCAACCUGCAGCGUGCGGGGGUCACACUGUCGUCCAGCAAGUCCCUCACCGCGUCGAUGGCUACACCCCUCGGCGGGGCACGGACUUGCGUGCGUCCGAACCUGUAA